UGAACUCCUCAUCCUUUGGCAGCACAAAAAACCAGCUCCAACCCAAACCCAUAUUUUUUGCCUCUGAAUGGCCGGUAUUCAAUAGUUCUGGUAUUGCACACCAAGCAUUUUAGUUAACAACGAGACAAUCAGAAAUUUCAUGGCAGACCUUCUACGGACCCCGCUAUUUCCUGUGGAGGGGCUUUCCAACGAGACUAUCAUCAAGCUUCCACCACAGCCUAGUGCAGAGAGUGGUUCCGUUAAGCUGUAUCUCAUCCAGGCAGAGGAAAACCUCUUUUUGGAGGGGUUCACAGAAGAGGAGACGAAAGGGAGACCUCCCACGAUUCUUCGCGGGUGCCUGUUUGUGCGCGUUCUCAGACCAGUCAAAAUAAAAUCCAUUUCGCUGAAACUUACCGGUACGUCCCGAACAGACUGGCCGGAAGGAAUACCUCCCAAGAGAGUCGAGCACGUUGAGCAAACCACUCUCAUCCAGCACACAUGGCCUUUCUUUCACCAUACAAACACAUACGAGGUUACGGAGACGAGCCGGAACAACGCUGAUCUGUUUGUUCCAAAGAGCAAUGCCGACUGCGAGCCAUCGAAUUUUAGUCUCGACAACGGUCUGUCCCCCGUUACCAGCGCAAUAGACAUGUUCACAGACAUGAUGCCUGUGAAGUCGCCUUCGCCGCUCGCAAUGGUGCUUAAGGGAAAGCGGCCUAGCUCGCCACGGCCUGGAUUAUUCGCUCAGUUGUCACAGCAAGAUAUCGACCUAACUCCAGCAAAGUCGAACGCCAGCGUUGAUGACACAAAACUGUUUGUGCCAGGAGACUACAUCUACGCUUUUGAACAUCCGAUCCCGGCCUCUGCGGCAGAAACCAUUGAUGUCACGUUUGGCUCGGUUUAUUACCAGCUUGAGGCAUUCCUAGAGCGCAGCGGGACGUUCAAGUCAAGUUUGUCGACAAAAAAACCGGUGAAUAUAGUGCGCACCCCAUCUCAGGACUCCAUUGAGGAGAACGAACCGAUCGUGAUCAACAGAGAUUGGGAAGACCAGCUGAACUACGAGAUAGUUGUUUCGUCGAAACAGGUGUUGUUGAACUCGUAUUUGCCAAUCUCAUUUAAGCUGAGUCCGCUGGACAAAAUCAAAGUCCACCGGAUCAAGGUGUAUUUUACAGAACACCUAGAAUACUACUGCAAGAACAAACGAGUCCACCGCACAGAGCCACCAAAGAAAUUCUUGCUAUUGGAGCACAAAGCCAGCAAUGAGCAGGACAAUUUGCUUUCACUCGGCGAAGAUGAAAUCUCUGCUAGAGAACUCGAGUUCCAUGUCUACGUGCCGGAAAAACUCGGAGACAGAUACAAGCUGCACCCAGACACCUCUUUCGAAGAUAUCCAGUCCCACCACUGGAUCAAGAUCUGUAUUCGAAUCUCGAGAUCCGCCCCAACGCCAGAGGAUCCUAAGAAGCGCAAGCAUUUCGAGCUUUCCAUCGACUCGCCCAUUCACCUGCUGUCUCCGCUCUGUGCGCACGCAAACACACUGCUACCUUCCUAUUCUGAGCAAAUGGAGGGAAUUCCUCAAAGCAGAGACUCUAUUGACAUGCUGCUCUCGUCUAGAGAACGGAUUAACACGGACUCUAACCUAUACAAGCCGGACGGACGCACACCGUUUGUAUUGCAGUCUCCACAGGCCAAGCCUUUUUCGCCAAUUAUGACACCCCAAUCCAGCAGUGCAGAUCUGCGCAACAGUUUGCCGCUUCUGCAGUCGCCACAGCUGCUCAAGAAUUCCAGCUUCAGCGCAAACGGCCUGGAUUUCGAAGAUCCGCCUCCAAAUUUCGAGGAAACAACCAAAGAUAUGCCUCCGUCGUACGACGAGGCGAUCAGAGAGAAACAGAGCUGCGAAGAGGGAGAAUCACAAAUAACUCCAGACACCUCUUCGUCCAACCGUUCUUCGUACUACGUGGAUGAACGGAGAUCGAGAUUUGAUAGGAUCAGAGACGACCCGGAUAUGGAGGGCAGCGAUUUGGGAGGCAAUUUCAAACUAAAGGUAGUUCCAAUUAGAUCUCGUUCUACCUCUCAGAGCAGGGACGAUAUGAGAUCCAGAUCGCCUCCACUGGUUUCCCAGUGCCGGUCAAAAUCCAGGCUAAUUAGCUCGUCUCUAAUUCCGGGCAAUUCCUUCAUAAACGUGACUAAUGCCUCUCAUGGCAUGGACGAUGCGCUUUCCCAAGCCUUCAGUGACGAGGACAAACAACCGAACCGGCCAAACUUUGCUUCUCAACCAAGUCUGGCAAGUGUUCCCGAGCACCCAGUCUCUCCCAAGCGUGAGGAUGACCCGAGUCACGAGACCAACGAGUCAAACUCCGAACCGCUCAUGAACUCUCCAGGACACUUCUCUACAAGGUCGUCGCUAAACUCAUUGACCGGGUCUCUGGUCUCUGAGGAUCCGGCAACCAGAAAACCGCUUUUGAGCCACGAGUCAACGAAUAACCUCUUGGAAGAAAAUGCAAGCUCUAUUUUCAAGCUGCCACCGGAAAAUGGCAGCUCUGUCGAUAUCACGGCGAUGUUGGGCUCGUCAAUUUCCGGACGCAAGAUGGCAUCCUUUCAACAUGACAGAAGCCUCAGAGGGAUCUGUGGUCCCGAACCUCCCGCAUAA